AUGUAUAAAGCCGGUCACUCAGCAGUAUCCAGAACUGUCUUACCUUCCAUACAACAUAAAAGACGAACAGUUUACACUAGUCCUAUUCAGAAUCAAACAUGUAUGAAAACCGAAGAUCGACUUCUUUUAGCAAAUGUGCCAGCAAAUGAGACUGUUUUCCCUGAUAUACAAAUGUCGAUGUUUCCAAAAAAGAAUCGAAAUAACAUUAACACGCUGACUCCACCGUCUACACCUUCGUCUCCAUCUUCACCUCUACUCGAGCAGCAAAUCGAGUUUUUACAUAACUCAUGGCGAGCAUUUCGUGAAACUUCAGCUGGUGAACUGGACCCGAAGAUUGUCACUUAUUCUGUCCGUGAUGUUAAUACGGUUCCUGCUGAUUUCCAACCUUUCAAUAUAGACAGAUUCUUAGCAGAAAAGUUGUUGCAAGAAUUGGACAUCGAUCCAAAAAUUGCUCUUUUCUAA